AUGGCCACUACUUUCCCUAGGAGUAGAUCACUCCUCACCACCCCAAGGAGACUCCCUGCCCAAGAGCCUCACAGAGCCUCUUCAUUCGAGCCAAGGGAAGGAGGAGACAACACGCAGAGAAGGAGGAAGAGUUCCAAAGCCCGACGCUCCAAACAGAGGAAACUCAACUCGAUCGAGCUGAUGGUCGAGUCGUACGAGCUAGCCAUGCUCCACCAAGGCCAAGGGAGCCACACACACUUCGAUGAAGAAGAGGAAGAAGAGGAGCCGCAAGCUCGAUCGAGGAGGAACCCGGCGAGUGGAGCGUCCCUGAUGGCCGUCUGCCCUCUCCAGACCACGACCUUGCCUCCCAGUUCUUUGGGGGGCACUGAGGCUAAGUUUGGGGGUGCCAACUCGAGCUCGAUCGAGUUGGGUGUCAAAAACCAGAAAAGUGGUAAAAGUUGGGAAAAUCCAAAGGAAAAAGAGUCUUUUGGAGCAUUCUGGAGCAUAUGGGACGUGAGGAGCAUGGAAGGACUUGGGCAUGGACGCAGCUCAACUGGAUACGCAAAGGAAGAAGGAGGAAGCCAUCUUGAAGACCAGCUCGACCACCCUCGACCAACCGGUCGAGUUCCUCAACUCGACCGGCCAAGCUUCAACUCGAUCGAGCUGAGAAGUCAAAGUCAAACCCGAAAAAUGUUGCUUCCCCCUUGA